AUGCCUCCAGGUGUUCUGGAAACCGGCAGCUGCUCCAGUGUGCGCAAAGGGUUCCGACUCAAUCUGUUUGAAAAGGAGGCAAGACAAACACUGGACCAGUCGGCUGCAAGUGCAAUGCCUGCCAACAAGUACUCUGCUGUAGUCAUGGAGGAGAGCAAUGAGAUGAGUGCCACUGUAGCAGUAAACAGAAAUGCGCCUCAAGCUGAGAGAGUGCCAGAAAACGCCAGCGGCGCCGAGCUGACCAAUGAGAGCAGCCCUCUGACUGCGGCCGAAGCGCCCUCGCCCUUCAGCCCCAAGCACAACGGGGACGCCACUUCACCUCAAGAUGGGAACCAGUGUUCGAUGGGAAGCCGCAAGAGGGCCAGGAAGAUGCCCGAGGAGGAGGAAGAGACCUGGGACUCCUUUAACAAGGAGGAGGGUUCCGGGGCGUUACAGUUCAGCUUGAGACAGACGCCCCGGCCCAGAACCAUCUUCCAGGCCGGCCUGACGCCGCACACGCAGACCAAACCGCGCAGGCAGAGCCGCAAACAGGAGCAGAGCAUACUGCUGUACGCCGGCGGCCCCCCCCGGGCUGCGGCCGUGUCCAGUGGGGCCCCGGAGGCCCCCUGUCUGGAGCUGAUGGAGCAGGACUCCAAAGACUCGGCCCACAGCGCCAGCACCACGUCGGGGUCCGAGACCCCGCCCGAGUACAACGACAGCAAAGGCUUCGGGAUCGGGGAGCUGGUUUGGGGGAAAAUCAAAGGCUUCUCCUGGUGGCCGGGCAUCGUGGUGACCUGGCACGCCACGGGCAAGCGGCCGGCCGGCGCCGGCAUGAGGUGGCUGCAGUGGUUCGGAGACGGCAAGUUCUCCGAGGUGUCGGCCGAUAAGCUCUACUCCAUCACAGCCUUCCCGAAGUUCUUCAGCCAGGCUUCCUACACCAAGCUGGCCUCCUACCGCAGGGCCAUCUUCCAGGCAGUGGAGCUGGCCAGCGCCCGGGCCAGCAAGACCUUCCCCCCGGGCGGCCCGGACAGCCCGGAGGACCCGGUCAAGCCCAUGCUGGAUGCCAAGCGGCCCAAAGCCAACCCCUGCAAGAGCAAGGCCUCCCCAGAAGAGUCCUACAGCCGAGAGCAAAUGGUGACUGAAGUUCAAAAAAAUAAACGAAGUAUAGAAGAGUUCUGUCUCUCUUGUGGAAAGAUGAAAGCGGCAACUUUCCACCCGCUGUUUGAAGGAGGCCUGUGCCAAACCUGCAAGGACGUGUACCUGGAGAUGUCCUACAUGUACGACGACGACGGCUACCAGUCCUACUGCACGGUGUGCUGCGGGGGGCGGGAGGUGCUGCUGUGCGGGAACGCCAACUGCUGCAGAUUCAGGAGUGGGGUCCAUUCGACCUGGUCAUCGGAGGAAGUCCCUGCAAUGACCUGUCCAUCGUCAAUCCGGCAAGAAAAGGCUUGUAUGGUAGAAGGUACUGGGAGGCUGUUCUUUGAAUUUUACCGCCUGCUGAGCGAGGCCAAGCCCAAAGAGGGGGAGGACCGGCCUUUUUUCUGGAUGUUCGAGAACGUGGUGGCCAUGGGCUUUGGGAAGGUGCGAACUAUCACCACGCGCUCCAAUUCUAUCAAACAGGGUAAAGACCAGCACUUCCCGGUCAUCAUGAACGGAAAGGAGGACAUACUGUGGUGCACUGAGCUGGAGAGCUUUAAAGUGACUACAUUUACCGUUUGUGUCUUUGAUUUUAAUCCGGUCUUCUCUUUUUCCGUUGUGGUCAGGAUUUUUGGUUUUCCUGUCCACUACACAGACGUGUCCAACAUGGGCCGCGGGGCCAGACAGAGAUUACUGGGCCGGUCCUGGAGUGUUCCAGUUAUUAGGCACCUGUUUGCACCACUCAAAGACUAUUUUGCCUGCGAUUUACGGACUCUUGAGCCAUUUGCUGCCUUUGGAAAGCACUUCUGUGCUAAUUCCUUCGCCACCCAGAACACCUACCGAGAGGCGAUAUUCUUGUCUCUGCAGGUCUGUGCAUCAGUGCGUCUUCAAAAAAUAAUUGAGUCAAACCUCCCGGAUAAGUUGGAAGCAGCUCUGCGAUGCAAGAAGCAGUUUUCCACACCUGCCAAAGACAGAGAAGAACUCCUCCGUCAGAUGUUAGACUGGGCUUUAGGAGGCUUUCUACCAUCUGGCCCAAGUGGACUCAAACGCACACCUUCAAACAACUUCACAGAGACCCUGUUCCGCUACGACGACGACGGAUACCAGUCCUACUGCACCAUCUGCUGCUAUGGAAUGGAGGUCGUGCUGUGUGGGAACGAUAGCUGCUGCAGAUCCUAUUGUGAAGACUGUCUAAACAUCCUCGUUGGUCCGGGAACAUUUGAUACCCUGAAGCUUUUGGACCCGUGGAUCUGCUACCUGUGUCAGCCUCACACACCCUGCGGCGCUUUGGUUCCCCGGGAGGACUGGAGCAUCCGCGUCCAGGAGUUAUUUGCAAAUAACAGCGCCAUGGCGUUUGAGCCUCAUCGUGUUUACCCAUCCAUCGCGCCCUGUCUCCGCCGGCCACUUCGAGUCCUCUCACUGUUUGAUGGCAUCGCCACAGGCUACCUGGUGCUGAAGGAUCUCGGCUUCAAAGUUGACAAAUACGUGGCCUCGGAGGUCUGCGAGGCUUCCGUUUCCGUUGGGACCAUCAACCACGAUGGGAGGAUCUUCCACGUCGGCGAUGUCCGAUUUAUCACCAAGGAACGCAUUGAGGAGUGGGGGCCGUUCGAUUUGCUGAUCGGUGGCAGCCCCUGUAACGACCUCACCAUCGUAAAUCCAAGCAGGAAAGGCCUCUAUGAGGGGACCGGCAGACUUUUCUUUGAAUAUUACCGCAUCUUGCAGCUUCUGAAGCCCAAAGAGGAGGACCCCCUGCCCUUCUUCUGGCUGUUUGAGAACGUGGUCUCGAUGACCACGCACGACAAAAUCAACAUUUGCCGCUUCCUCGAGUGUAACCCGGUCCUGGUGGAUGCGAUCGCGGUGAGCCCCGCGCACAGGGCUCGCUACUUUUGGGGAAACAUACCAGGAAUGAGCAGAACCAUUACCAGCAACCUCAACUCUCUGAAGCAGGGCAAAGGCAUGUCUCAGCUCCCCGUCACCGAGAACGGAAGAGGGGACAAACUUUGGAUUACCGAAAUAGAAAAAAUUUUCGGUUUCCCCAAACAUUACACGGACGUCCGGAACAUGAACAGGCAGCAGCGGCAGAACGCGCUGGCCAAGUCCUGGAGCGUGCCGGUGGUCCGCCACCUCCUGGCCCCCCUCAAGGACUACUUUGCCUGCGUGGAGCUUCCGCCUGCGACCACGCCCGGAACCAUCACCUCCGGCCCCCCCUCCAGCACCCCCACAGCCGCAGCCUCUCCAGACACGCAGCCCCGGGAAUAG